AUGUCCCGCCUGCUGCACGCAGAGGAGUGGGCUGAAGUAAAGGAGUUGGGGGACCACCAUCGCCAUCCCCAGCCUCACCACCUGCCGCAGCCGCCGCCGCCACAGCCACCUGCGACCCUGCAGACGAGAGAGCAUCCCGUCUACCCGGCGGAGCUGUCCCUCCUGGACAGCACCGACCCACGCGCCUGGCUGGCUCCUACUUUGCAGGGCAUCUGCACGGCACGCGCCGCCCAGUACUUGCUGCAUUCCCCCGAGUUGGGUGCCUCUGAGGCUGCGGCGCCCCGGGAGGAGGCAGACGGCCGGGGGGAGCUGGUGAGGAGGAGCGGCGGCGGCGGCGGCGGCGGUAGCAGCAGCAAGAGUCCUGGGCCAGUGAAAGUGCGGGAACAGCUGUGCAAACUGAAAGGCGGAGUGGUAGUGGACGAGCUGGGCUGCAGCCGCCAGCGCGCCCCUUCCAGCAAACAGGUGAACGGGGUGCAGAAGCAAAGGCGCCUGGCAGCCAACGCCAGGGAGCGACGCAGGAUGCACGGGCUGAACCACGCCUUCGACCAGCUGCGCAACGUUAUCCCGUCCUUCAACAACGACAAGAAGCUGUCCAAAUACGAGACCCUGCAGAUGGCCCAGAUCUACAUCAACGCCUUGUCCGAGCUGCUACAAACGCCCAGCGGCGGGGAGCAGCCGCCACCGCCGCCAGCAUCCUGCAAGAGCGACCAUCACCACCUUCGCGCCGCCGCCCCCUACGAAGGCAGCGCGGGCACCGCGACCGCGGCUGGGGCCCAGCCAGCCUCCGGAGGGGGCCAGCGGCCGACGCCGCCUGGAAGUUGCCGGACUCGCUUUUCCGCCCCGGCUUCCGCGGGAGGAUACUCGGUGCAGCUGGACGCUCUGCACUUCUCGACUUUCGAGGACAGCGCCCUGACGGCGAUGAUGGCGCAAAAGAACCUGUCGCCUUCACUGCCCGGGGGCAUCCUGCAGCCGGUGCAGGAAGAAAGUAGCAAAACUUCGCCCCGAUCCCACAGAAGCGACGGGGAGUUUUCCCCCCAUUCCCAUUACAGUGACUCAGAUGAGGCAAGUUAG